AAUUCUAUAAAAAAAGUUGCAAAAGACAUGGAAAAAUUACAAUUGGACUGCUGUUUCUUCGCAUAGUAUUCUCGAGAAACUGUUUAUCCUUUGCUUUGUUUAUUCGCAUAGACAAGGUGAAAACUAGAGGAUAAAGGUGGGAUAAAUCCUUGAAUUUUGUAUGAGGAAAAGUUCGGAUGAAUUGAAAAACUUUUUCUAUAUCGAUCACUUUAUCUGGGCAAAUUUAAGUGCAAAUACUUAGACUUUUCUCUACAAUACUUUUAUCUGACCAUUUUGGUUUUUCGUUGAUUUUGAGCUUUUUGCUUCUUAAAAUCUUCUGCUUCUUAAGGUCGAUGAAUUUGGACUUGGAAAAUACAACUGAUGAUUCAAGUGUCAACCACAGGAUUGAAUAUGCCCUUGUUUCCUACACGGUUCAACCUUAGUUGACUUUCACCGUAACAACCUUCUGUGUGUGUAUUUGCUUACAUUUUAGUUCAAAGAAAGAAUAUUAGCAUUCCUUCUUCCUUCUCUACAUUCCUUUUAUUCGAUAAACACCAAGUCUUGAGUUUGUUUACUAAUGAACGAUUCCCGAAGAAUGUUUAACUUUGUUAUUUCGAAUAGCGAAAUAUGUUGGGAUGCUCUAUUUGUUCGUCAGGCAGCUUCGCUCAUGUUUUGACUAAAACAAAAACCUUCCUCCUAGCAAGAUGGGAGCAAUCAAUCAACCUGUUGGACAAAUUCGAUUGACAAACGUAUCUGUUGUGAAGUAUAAAAAAGGUGGAAAGCGCUUUGAAAUUGCUUGCUACAAAAACAAAGUUACCGAAUGGAGAAACAAAAUUGAAACGGACCUUGAUGAAGUUUUGCAAAUUCAUAAUGUGUUCAGUAAUGUCUCUAAAGGCCAUGUAGCUAGUCGACAGGACUUGAAAAAUGCUUUCGGCACAGACGAUGUUGACGCUAUCAUCUUGGAAAUUUUACAAAAGGGGGAUUUUCAAGUUGGUGAAAAGGAAAGAAGCCAUCAAAUGUCUGCUACUUUCCGUGACAUUGUUUCACACGUUACUGUCAUGUGUGUUGAUCCCAAUACACGCCGUCCCUAUCCUGCAUCCAUCAUUGAAAAGGCUAUUUCAGAUUGUGGAUUUUCAGUUUCUAGCAAGAGCGCAAAAUCUCAAGCCUUAGAAGCAAUUCGCAAGCUUCAGGAGAAGGGGGAGAUUCCAAUUGUACGUGCUCGCAUGCGUAUUCGUGUUGUUGUUGAUAUCAAACAAGGAAAGCUUUUGCGUGAGAAAAUUCGCUCUUUGGCAGAUCAGGUCGAAGAAGAAAACAUGGAUGAUGAGUAUGAAUGCGUUGCCCUUGUGCUUCCCGGGAAUUACAAAACACUGGACGAGCUAAUUCGUAACGAAACAAAGGGUCGUGGUAUGGUGCAACUUUUGGAUAUGAACGAGUCAAGAGGAUAAAAAAGUGGUGAUUAGUUUCUUCCCUUUUUUGAAUAAAAUAUAAUACUCAUUUAGAAAUCAACAUGCAUCAUCAUGCUUUGUGCUUGAUGCGUUUGUUGAAUGCUAAUGUUCUGGGAAUGGAUUUCGGUUUUCUUUGGAUUUUUCAAUCUCAAAAUGUUAAUUUAUAUAUUUCAAUAGAUGUUUAUCUCAAUAAACAAUUACAAAAUUAC